AUGGAUCAAUUACCUAAUGAAAUAUUAUCAACUAUAUUUAAACAAUUAUCGUCAAGGGAUCUAUUAUCAAUACAACACAGUUCACAUCAGAUGGAGAGUAUCGUAGACAGUUGUAAUCACUGGGAUUCCAUUUACCAAAAGUUUUGUCCGAGAGUGUUCAACUCUGCACUCCCACAACAUAAACAACACUUGAAGUUCCUGGUGAUCAGAUUUCAUCCUUGGGGAUAUCAAAAUGAAUUCCUAUGGUUGGUGAAAUCGCUCGAUAGCUUCAAAGACUCGAAUAUUAGAUUCACCAUCAUACAUGUUAUGCACGAAUAUCUCAAUCAACUCAACCAACAAGCCAAACAAGAUAUCAUUUCAUAUCUACAACCAUCGGAAUUCAUUGAGCAACUCAUCAGAAUAUCGAAUGACUAUAAAAACUUUAAUCAUUUCUCCAAUCAUACAUUCUAUUACAAUUCACUAAAUUAUAUUUUAGAAAUCAUAAUGAAGUUAAUGGAAAUUUAUAAUGAAUCAAUUAAAGUAUAUAAAUUCUUGAAUUGGAUAAUGAGUCAUUUAAAUGAUGAUAAUAUCAGUGAUGGACUUAAAGAGGUGAUUUUGAAUAUUGUUUAUGCAUCAAUCAAAAUGUCACCGGAAUUGAUUGGUUCCAUUUACUUUAAUGAAAGAAUGAAAGAGUUGAUGGCUCAGAAUAAUACUAUAUUUCACAAUAGAGUAUUGGAAAUCAUCGAUAGAAUCAUUUCACUCAAAUUCGACAAAUACAUACAAUCAGACUUGAUUGCCUCUAUCAUUCCAAAAGUAUACGAUCAAUCAUUAGAUCUUAGAGUAGAUACACUUAAAACAAUUGAAAAACUAUCAAGAAAUUUAAAUUUAGUUUCAAUGUUAUUUAAACUUGGUACCAUUGAAAUAUUGACACAACUUUUAAAUGAAACAUCAAAUCUUAGUUUGAUAAGAAUUGUUAUUGGUAUCAUUAUUAAUAUGACAAACGAUAAGGCUACCAUUGGAUCUCUAGUGGAAAAUGGUAUCAUACCACUGCUACUUCAACUUUUAAAAUACUAUCCAACUGACUUAAUGAUACAAUAUAAUACCAUUAAAGUUUAUAGUAUAUUAACAGUAUCAAGUAAUUUACAAGAAGCGAUCAUUGCAUCAGGUGCCCUUAAAUAUAUUCAAAGUGCAUCGAGAAGAUUCCCAGAACAUCAAGAUUCAAUUAAUGAAUUAUUCUUAUUUUUAAAUAGGAAAAAGAAUUCUUUAAACCUAUAG